AUGUGCAAUUCAAAGACAAGUCCCGCUCUUGAAAUGGAAUCUACUUCAAUAUCAAGCGCCAGAGCUGAGUCAAUCGAAUUUCCAAAACGAAAACGAGGGAAACAAGUCGAUUUGGUGAAGAUUUUAACAGUUGUAUUUAUUCCGAUCUCUCUUCUUCUAAUUCAGACCACACUGCAGCUUAUAGCCAUGACAACGGAGCAAAGGAAACUGGUAAUGAUUGAAGAGCAGAUAGAAAUAUGUUCCGUCUCAGAUGAUCUAAUCAGCGCUGUGCAAAUAGAGAGGACUAUGACGAUUGUCUAUCUGCAUGCGAACGAAACAGGUAUUUUUACCGAUUUGGAGGCGGUGUAUAACCACACGGACUCUAUAUUAAAGUCAGUUUCACUAGACAUAUUUACUACGAUGACAAUUUCGAAAGAAACCUGCAAGAAUUUGUUAAGUGCUCAUCGAAACCAUACUUCUGGUGGCGCCUAUGCGCAGGAUGCAAUCGGCUUCUAUUCGAACCUAAUAGACACGCUUUUGUCAGGGAUCACCGUAUCCAUAAAUAAAAACAACUAUGAUAGUAUGUGGAAAACACUGUUUGUCUAUGACAUGUUAAUCCGUGCAGAAGAAAAUUACAGUUCGGUGUUUGGAUUUGGAAUGGAAUGUUCCUCCCUCGGUGGAUUCAGACACAGCGACGACUAUGUGAAUGCUCUUGAAAACCUCGCCAUGGCUGAUAAUCACCUUGAGAUCGUGUUUAGGAAUGCCCCUCAAUUAAGAAUGCGAUGGGAAGAACUUUUGCUCGUUAACGGGGGAGUGGACACUGCUAUGAAAACAAUGCUUAGACAAGUCGUUCAUGGCAAUGAAACAACAACAAUUAGAAAUGAAUGGUAUAGGAACUUUACUACUUUUAUUGACAUUCUGCAUUCAUUGCGCGAUGACAUUAUAAAGACGAAUAUCGAAAAAUAUAACAAUGACGUCAAAAGAGUAAGGGAAACUAUUGCUAUCGAUUUGGUAAUAGUUAUCACUGUAGUCGUUAUUUUGCCAAUUAUCAUUCUAACAGUCCGUAAAAUGACGUCCUCACUUCAGUAUUACGCCCACAAUCUCGAAUGGAAAACAUACGAGUUAUAUAACGAGAAACAGAAAACCAACUCGAUGAUGUACCAGACGCUACCCAGGUCGGUCGCCCAGCAACUGCGAAUGAGUAAGUUUGUCCUCGCCGAAUCGUACGAUGCUGUGACUAUUUACUUCAGUGAUGUAGUUGGCUUUAACCGACUUGCAGCCAAGAGUUCACCAACGGAAUCUGUGAACUUUCUCAACGCGAUGUACAAAUUCUUGAGGCCAGCAGACAGAGCUGUACGAUAUGUACAAUGUAGAAACGACAGGGGACGUGUAUAUGCUUGCCAGUGGUUUACCAGAACGAAAUGGGCGUCGACAUGCCGGGGAAGUUGCCUCGGCGUCUCUUGA